AUGAAUCAAGAUCGAAACAUGUACAAUAAUCCUUAUUCACCAUACGAAGGUAAUCCAACAUACUUGACUCAAGAACCAGCUGGAUAUACGGCAUAUUCCCCUUCAUCUGGUAGUACAUAUGAUCAAUAUGAGAUGCCGAUUCAAAGUCCUCCUGUAGCACCACGUCCAAACUUAGCCAAUGAUAAUGAACAAAGAGCAGGCCAGUGGGGAGAUUUUACUAGUCUUGACAAUAAAGAAAUUCGUCGUGUGUUUAUACGGAAGGUUUAUAUAAUUUUAAUGAUUCAAUUGUCGAUCACAUUCGGUCUUAUUGCAUUGUUUCAUUUUACACCACCCAUUCGUGAUUAUGUCAGAAGUUCGAAUGGUCGAUGGCUUUAUUUCACAUCGUAUGCUGUUUUUUUGGUAACUUACUUUGCAUUGAUUUGUUCGAAACGUGCAGCACGAAGAUUUCCACUUAAUCUUAUUUUACUCGGCAUUUUGACUUUAUCAAUGGGUUAUAUGAUGGGCAUGAUUUCUGCUUAUUAUAAAAUCGAAUCUAUUUUAAUUGCUAUAGGCAUAACGGCAUUUGUUUGUUUGGGUGUUACAUUAUUUUCAUUCCAAACAAAAUAUGAUUUUACGUCAUGUUUUGGUGUUCUUUUUGUUAUUUCGUUGGCACUUCUUGGUUUUGGAAUUGUUUGUGCUUUUACCUAUUCAAGAAUAUUAUAUACAGUCUAUGCUGGUCUUGGAGCUGUGUUCUUAGCUGUUGAUACACAAUUAAUUAUGGGCGGAAAACGACAUGAAAUAGGUGCUGAAGAUCAUAUAUUUGCAUCACUUAUGUUAUAUAUUGAUGUUGUUUACAUAUUUUUAUACAUUCUUAUGUUAAUCGGCAAACAAGAGUAA